AUGGAGUCUAACAGUACGACUAACUAUGCUCGUGUGCUGCCGAAGCUGGAGCUCGCUCGGAGCUUCGUUGAAUCGAUGAAUGACCAAAUCAAAUAUCUCGUCACUGGUGGAUUAACGGAAGCUCAAUCCAUUGACGCUGCAGGAGAAAACAAUGAGGAUGUUGUCGUCCGGGGAAUCGGAUCCAAUCCGAUACGGGAAAUGCGUCUCGAAAAGGGGAUUCCACCCACGUACCCACUUCAGUGGUUCGUUAACAACAGGUGGAACAAGCCGCCAAUCACUCUGCCGGGGCCUCGUGCCGGCGCAACUUUGAAUGAUUACUACCACUUAAUUACGAACUUGUACCGUCGAGAAUCCGUUUCCAUCAUCUCUGCCUUAACCUUUUUACAACUGUUGUGUCGACAAAUUACUGGUGUCUUACGCUUUGACUGGGUCUCGCUCGGUGUCUUGAUUGGGUAUAAGGAUUCCACGAUUAACCCACUAGAUGUAUUCACGGUAAGGAUUACAGAGAUCAAUACAAAUAUCAGGUCGAGCCAAGGAGAAGUUUCAGAGGACAUGCAACACGAUCUAGCCCUUCUGAUCCUCGGCGGGUUCAGAAUUCACAUGGCUUCGAACCAAACAUACAUCGACCGUCUUCAAACUGCCCUCAAAUCCCAGCUGAUCAACCCAGACUUCUCCGACGGAGUCGAGGUGGCAAUAACGAAUUUUGCCCAGUUAUACGCUGAUCCGGAAUUUGUGAAACUCGUUUGCGGCAUCGACAUGUUUUUUGCCGUAUUCCCUCAACACAAACGGGCCAAAUUGCGUUUCGGAACUCUUAUCAUGGCCCAUAAGGAUUGCACGGGUCUAUCGGCGAUCACUGCAGGUUGUGAGCUGAUGCAUCACACAACCAGAGUCUUCUCAAGGUGGCUGAUGACUCCUGUGCUGCGGUCGGACAUGAACAGAAUGACAAUUCCAGGGCAAGAAAUUUGUCUGCCCUACUCUUACAGUCCGUAUCUUUCGGGGCUCGGGAUUGUAGAUAAGAGCCCGUAUUCGGCGGCCUUGAACUGCGGUCUUCAUAUGUUUACGCAUAUGAUAGGCUGUGCAGUUCCUAUGGCAAGAUCCGUGAACGCGAUAUAUUUUCAACCUUCUGGAUUACAAGCUAUUAUUGAUAACGCCAUCCUGUUUAUCUACGCACAUUCAUGCACUGGAUCCCUCCAGAUGCAGUUUUAUAGAGCUUCUGAGGUAGAUGCAGUUAAAAAGGUCGAAGAUGAAGCGCGUCAUUAUAUGGAUGAGAUGCGGAAGCGUCUUCAGGAAUUUAAAGAUGAGGAGGAGAAUCAGCCUAAGCCGCGAGAAGAGGAGGAGGAUAGAUCCCGAUCAGGAACUCCGGAGCCCUCAGAUGUAGAAGAAGGAGGUGGAGAUCUCGACGAUCUGGAUAGCGUGUCGGAACUAGGAGGGGCAAUAGAGGGAGAACCCACCAGUCGUGAUGCCUUGGACUGGUACAUGUACAUCACAAGGUUCUAUCAUGGUUCUAUCCCGAAAAGGAUGAAAGAAGUGGCCUUCGAGAGAUGGUCAAAACUGACGGAUGUACGUCCCAAUACGGUUGGGGAAUUCGUAAAGAAGAUGAGUAAAAAUGUACAACCCUAA